AUGGAAGAUAAUCCAAACAACUAAGGAAGUGACAUAUAAUAAGUUGUUGAUUCUUUUUCAGAAAAACCCGAGGGUGAAGAAAAAGAAGUUGUUAACAUAGCUGAUGCAAGAGAGAAGGCAUUUGCUAAAAUUGCAAAAGUUUUCAUAAUAAAGCAUUACAAAAAUAAAUAUCAAAAAAAUCUUAAAAAAGCUAAAACAAGAAUCAAUAUCAUAAAAGAAUUAGUAGCCACUGAAAAAACUUAUACAUCGAAAUUAUAGAUCAUUUAAAAUACUCUUAAGAGUUAAAUGAUGAAUAUUUUAAAUAAUGAACAAGAUAUUUAAAAAAUAUUUAGUAAUAUUUAACAAAUUUUAGAGCUUAACUAAGAUUUUUUAGAAUAUAUUAAAGUAAGAUCGGAUACUGUUUAUAGCUUUUACACAUUUAACAAUAAAAAAUAUCCAGUUACUUUAUAUAAUCAGGAAGUAUUUGAUAAAUAUAUAUAAGUAACGAUUCCUUAUUUCAAAAUCUAUGUAGAUUACAUGUAAAAUUUUGAAGUUUCUAUGUAAUAUUUGGAGAAACUUAAGGAAGGAAGAAAAGAUAUCAGAGAUUAUUUAAAGUAAUUUGAAAGCGAAAAUGAUAAUAUAAGCAGUUUACUGAUCCUGCCUGUAUAAAGAAUACCUAGAUACGAGCUUUUAUUCAAGACUUUAUUGGAAAAAACACCAACAGAUCAUAAGGAUUAUAUUUGGACUUAAAAAUGCUUGCAAUAAUUCACUUAGGUUAACUAAUAAAUCAACUCAUAAAUUCAAAAGUAUUUGGAUAAUCAGAAAAUUUGCGAAUUAUCUCAAACUUUUAGAAAUUUUUAGCUAAACAUUAUAGAGAAUAAGAGAGAAUUUAAAUUUGAAGAAAGAUUAUAUUUGAUCAAAGAUGGAGAAAAAAGUUGUGUUGUUUCUUUCCUUAACGAUUUAAUAUUGGUUUAAGAAGGAAUCGAUGAAGAGUCUACUAAACCAUUAACAUGGCUUUACCUAAAUCACACUAGUAAAGUUAAACCCGUGGAAGAUAUGAAGUAUUUCACUCAUCUUUUUAAAAUAAGUGGAACAAACAAUACCUUAACAUUUAUGGCUGAAGAUGAAAAGAAAAAGUAAACCCUGAUUAGCUAGAUAGAUAAAAUUAUAAAUAAUCUACGUAAAGAUAAAAUGGAUAAUGACUUAGAUAACAUCGAAGUAAAUAUCUUAGGAACUGAAGAGUGGAACACAACUAAAAUACAAAAAUUUACAGUUUAUGUGGCUGAAAUAAAAAUAUUAAACAUCACACUAAAAAUAUGGGUUAGAUACAGAUAACUUUCUAAUUUAGAAAAAAAGAUAAAGAAUCAUAUAAAAGACAUCUAAAUUGAUCAUUUCAGCACAAGACUGACGUGGUUAAAUAGUCAUAGAACAAAAAUAAUUGAAGAAAGAAAGGUACACUUCGAGAGUUUUCUAAAGAAGAUUCUUACCAUGAAAAAAAUUAAAGAGUCAUCUAUAAUGCCUGAAAUACUGAAUGAUUUAGGUCUGCCUAGUGAUUUUUAUGACCUUCCUUACAAAACUAACAUAGAAGAGGGAGACAAAAACAUGUAAAAAUUGCUUGACUUUGACUCUAAUUCUGACUCUGAUGAAUAAAAAGAAAAUGAAAAUAUGGAGGAUAAUGGCAAACUUUAAGAAGAUGAAGAGAUAAACAAUUAAGAAGAAUAAAAAUUAGAUCCAAACUAAUAAAGUUCAGAAAAGAGAAUAAGCACUUUAGGUUAAGAAUUUUAAACUAGGCAAAAGUCAAAAAGUAAUAGCUUAGCAGCUAUUGGAACACUUUCGUCAUCAGAAAUGCUUAAACUUUUUAGGAAAAGCAAGAAUUAAAGAGCCUCUAUUAUUACUUACUAUAACUCUGAAUCUCUGAGCUAAAAUGAAAGAUGUUUAAUUGAUGUUGAAUUUUUAGAUGGCUCCAAGUAAGAAGUGGAAAUCAAUUCUCAAAGUCGCUGCUUUUAGAUUUGUGCUAGCAUUGCAAAAAGAAUCAAAUUAAAAUCCUAUCUUGAUUACAGAAUAUUUCUAAAAGAUUCAAAAGGAAAUUUUAGAGUUUUAGAUGAUGAUGAAUUAUUAUUUAAAAUGCUAUUUCCCCACUAAAAUAGCUUAGAAAACAAUGCAGUACUUGUUACUAAUGGAAAUAGAGCUAGUAGAUAAGAUAUUAUAUUAGCAAAUAACCAAUAAUUACUUUAAAGCUUAUAAGCAAGUGGUUAGAAUUAAAUUUAAGAUAAUACACAAGAAAGUUAAAAUGAUGAUACACCAAACCCUGAAGCUAAUGAUUCCUAAGCAGAAGGGAAUACUCCUCUUUGGAAAUAUACAUCAGAGAUUUGUAAAAAUGAAAAUUUCAUCAUGAGAACUUUCAAGAGAUUUGUUUCUAACUUUAGCGAGAGAUAUACAAUUGUCUUUAAAAAAUAUUUGUGGCUCUCGCCUUAAUAAGAAGAAUAUGAUAUUAGAAACGAUCCUGUCAGGUUGAAUUUAAUUUGCUUUUAGAUUUUUGAAAACAUUCAACAGCAAAGAUAUAAACUCUCCUUCAAGAAUUAUGUUCUCUUUUCAGCUCUCUAUAUCUUAAUAAAAUACCCAUAAUAAGCAGAAAAAAUUUUUAAAAACAAAGAAAGUUGCAUUUCAGGAAACAGCUAGGAAUUUCCUAUAAAUACCCUGAAAGAAAUACUUCCUGAUAUCAUUUUCAAUUCAAAAGAAGAAACUUUUUGGAUAAUAGGAAUAUCUUAAACCCUUCUAUAGAUUAAUGAUGAAAUUGAUAAAAUAAAAGAGAAAAAUCAAUCAAUUUUAAAUAAAGUCGACCUAUUGAAAAGCAAACUACUAACAUAAAGUAAUCAAAAAUCUCCAAAAAUAGAAAGUUAGCCUAAUCCUGAGUCUAAUAUAGUUGACAUAUCUAAAUAUACUUCCAGAUAAAUAUUGGAAUCAAAGUUAAAGCUAACAUAGUUAGUAGUUAUAAAUGCAAUUAAAUAAAAUAAGUUAUUUGGAGUAACUCAAUUUUAUGUUAAUACUUACAAGGAUACACUUAGAGAUAAUUAGCAUCUUAAAGAAAAUGUAUGGCUUGGAAUUAAACAUAAUAUGAUUUAUGUAUUAGGGCCUGAAUUUAAAGAGUAAAUAUUUUAAUUUAAAUAUGAAGAACUAAAGGCAACAAAAGUAUUUCCUAAGCUCAUUCACUUAAUAUUUGAAUCGCCUAGCAGAGAAUAUAAAUUUAACACAACACAGAGCUUCGAAAUAAAGCAAUUAAUUACAGAAUAUUAAUAAAUUAAUUAGCUUUCUUUAAAGUAAGAAACUAAUAAAAAGUAAGAAUAAUGA